GCCUGAGGAACGUUUUCAAACCAAAAACUCAUUGGUAAUUCAAUAGAAAUGGUGAUUCGGUGAAUAAAUUGUGGAACGAGACCUGAUAAUAUGUCUCAUCCUGAUUACGAGCAGAUAACGCAUGAUCAUGCGGCUCUGCUGGUGCUCCUGAGACCAAUUGGCUCCCAGAUUGAUCAGCAGACAGUGAAUAAACUCUGCGAGAGGAUCAUAAAAAGGGCUAGCAGAGUGACUAUCCCUGAUACCUCUCGUGAGAUCCUAGUGAGAUUCGUCAAGGAUCAUCCAGUGGAGAACAAUGACUGGGGGGAUUUUCAGACUCACCGGAGACUCGUCGGACUCAUUACUUUCGGAAAAUAUGAGGAUCAGACAGAGUUGAACGAAUUGUGCAGAAUUCACGAAACUCUCAAGGUAAAGUACAUGACAACCCUCUACAAUUCGCGAGCAAUUCUUCUUGGUCCAGUAGAUUCUCCCACAACAAAUAAUCCACCCCAGGACUUCACGACACCCUCGAACUUUAAAACGACCGCCGCCUUCUACGGCUCUGACGAGUGCCCCACCCUGGAGGCAGAGGUAAUCCACUGUCUAGAAUCCCUCUUCUGGGUUCUCGAGUCAAAAAGACUCAAGAUAUCUCGAGAGAAAAUUGAGCAAGUGCCACUGCUGUUGGCAGCUUUCGAGAGAAAGGACUUCAUAGGUCUGGACCUUGAGUCCCGAAACAGUCGAAAAAGAUGUUGUGGUCGUAUGGCAAAACACCUGGGGGAUCUGUGCCUCCAGGCGGGCCUCUACGCCGACGCUCUAAAUCAUUACACCUCAGCUGCAGGUGUUCUCCAGGGUGUGAACGACUGGUUGUGGCUGGGGGCAGCUUAUGAGGGCCUCUGCGCAGUCUCUUCCCUCAUUCUCUAUCCCAAUCUCCGGAGGAGUCUUUCCCACCAACGACACACCUCCACCCAAGAAGAAAACUCACAAAAAACCCUUUCCUUUCCUCCGUCUUUCGAUGAGAUCAAAGUUCAAAUGAAUCACAUCGUGCCUCCUAAUGAGAUACCGAAAAAGUACUCCCAGGCGAUCACCCACUACAGCAAGUACCAAAAUGCCAGUAUAAUUGAGACUGAGGCGAGCUUCAAAGCUACUAGAGUCUGCAUAGAACAGAAUAACACCCUCGAGGCCGCCUCAUUUCUCAAUAACGUUGUCUUCAACAACAUCGACUGGAGUGAACAGGAGAAGAUCGCCAGAUUUACAAAGCUCUCAGAGCUCUUCUUCACCAUUGGCUUUGCCAGGAAGGCCUCAUUCUGUAUGAGACUUGCAGGUACCAGACACAUUUCCCAGAAGAAUCCCAAUCCAGACUGGCAGCAGUGCUACAAUCUUGUCCUGCAGUCCUGUUCAGGAUUCAAGCUGUCUCUGGAUCCUGCGGAGUUGCUCACCAGUGGUAGUCGAGGCUGGCCAGCCAUUCAGAUCAAAAUAAUCAAUGAACUCAUAGCAGCUGCAAAUAGGAUGGGAAAUCUCCCCCUGGCAACCAGACACAUGACCUUCCUACUCCAGACAAUGUUCAAUCACUUGACACCAGCUGAACGUAGAGACGUUGCUCUCCAGCUGCAGAGUGUUGCACAGCAAUGUGAGGGUGCUCCAGUUCCUUUGCAUCUUCCCUCUGGUAUUGUCAUUCCCCCAGCUAAUUUGACAAACAUUCCGAGGACGAGAUCGUUUCUUCUAAAGAAUCUCCAGCCCCACCUCCAGCCACAAAAGAUUGAGAGGAUCAAAGAGGAUCAUGGGCCCUUUCUAUUUACCCCCAUCAACUUUGGAUCCUUGGAGAGGAGAAAUAAAUCAAAAAGCAAAGUCGAUUAUCUCUGGGUCGAGGACGACGUUUGCGAGGUGUCUCUCCAGCUAGUCAAUCCCCUUCCAUUCGAGCUUAGUGUUUCCAACAUGAGAUUACUGACCAGUGGAGUGGUUUUUGAUCCUGUACCAGAGUGCAUCACGUUACCUGCUGACUCUGGGCCUAUAGCAGUGACUCUUGCAGGGACUCCGAAGGAAACUGGUGAAUUGGAAAUCCUCGGAUUCAGUACCCACACACUCGGCGUCAAAUCCAAUUGCAAGCUGAAGAGUAUGGAGGGCAUGCCUCAUCCACACUACUCCGUCGAGGUUGUCCCCAGUCUUCCGAAGAUCGAUGUGGCAACUAGUCUUCCCCAGACAGCGAGCUUCUCGUCUGGAGAGAACAUCGUAACGAGUGCCAGUAUUUCUCUUUAUGGGGGUGAAAGCGCAGAGUGCACAAUUACCAUAACGAAUGUGGGUCAAGUACCCAUAGAGAUGAUCGAGGUGUCGAUAAAAUCGGCAUUGGACAGUCUGAGUGAGUCCAGAGUCUUCAAGUGGAGCGACGAUAACCUGAAGACUCAGUUGCCUCUAUUGCCUGGCACUUCAGCCAGUCUCACGCUCUAUCUUUACGCAGAUACGAACUUCGUCGUACCAAAACAGACGAGUAAUUCGUUCGGAAGAAGCCCAUUAGGUGGCUCCCUGGGGAACAGUGGGAGCAAAUCGUUGCCAUCGAGGCUGAGGACACCCUCUCAUCACACCAAGAGGCAGAGUGGACUGACCUCUUCCAUGCGGUCUGCCUUGACCUCACACUCGUCGAAUUCUUCCAAUUCAGGGAACUCCAAGCUGUCAAAAUUAGCUACUCCAGUGGUGGCGUCCAAUGUAACUGAGGGACAGCUCAAGAUCAAGUACUCAGGAGCGAAGGGCCUGGCCACUGGUUUCUGCAGAGUAUCCAGCGUUUUUAUCACAAUCGAGAUGCUGCCGAGUGUGCAGAUUACCAGUUGGGAUGUACUACCUGCUGAGACUCCCUCGCAGUUUUAUCUCGUUCUUGAUGUCACCAAUAUGACUAAUCAUGAGAUGGAGCUGCAUUACACCCAGAGUAAGUGCAUUUAUAUGGAGGGAAGGGAGUCGUGCAGGAUUCCAGUGCCUGCGAACAGGUGUCCUUUGAGUAAACUUGCCACGAUGAGCGAGAGGGGAUUGCAGAAUGUCUGCGCUGAACAUAUUGCUGGACUGGUGGACCUCAAGUGGCAGCUACUGGGGACUGAUGCCACUGGGAAGGCUGGCAUUGCUGGAAUUACAUUCACCCAGGACAUGCUAGAUCUCGUGAGGAUGAGUCCACUUCAGUGGGAAGUAAGCAUCAAUGAUACGGCAGUUAAACCUCAGGACGAAAUAACUUGUGGACUAGGAGAGUGUGUGAGCAUAGGAGUUGGUGUCUGCAAUGCUCUGGAGCAUCCUCUCAGUGACCUGAGUUUAUCAAUUAAUUUUUAUCAGGAUCAUCACAACGGAGUUAAUAAUUAUCGAUUAGAUACGAGAUUAUCAAUCGCUGGGGCUAAUAAAGUCAUGCUUCCAACGCUGCAGGAGUAUGGAAGGGCCUACCACGAAUGUCGCGUGGUUUUUUUCACAGCUGGACAGUACAAAAUAGAUAUUCAAUGCAGUAGUCAGAAACCAAUUUCCAAUUCAAACAGCGUCUGCGCGGAUUUCAUAAAUGCAGGGCGAAUCUGGAGAUAUAUACCACCGAUUGAAAUUGCUGUAGACGACUCCUAAUGUUCGUAUUGUUUUUUAUUCAUUGA